CUUUGACCUUUCAGCAUUGACGGAGUUGAGCCAAUCGCGUGGCUCGUUGUUGCGACGCGCUUUCCCGUGUCUCGGAGCUCCCCUCUGAUCAACAUGAUGGGACCACCUGGAAUACCACCUCAUUUCCCUCCCAUGGGGAUGCCCCCGAUGGGGCAACGACCGCCCAGCAUGACCCCCAUGCCGCCUGGUAUUAUGCCACCCGGUAUGCUGCCAUCAAUGUCAGCGCCUCCUAUGGGACAGAUUCAAGGUAUGAUGCCACCCAUGAUGGGGAUGAUGCUGCCUCCUCGCCUGCCAGCUGCAACCGUGCAGCCAACUGGGCCGACAGCUGCUGUAGUUGACAUAUUGAACAAAGAGUUGAUUAGUCCUUCUUUGUCUUCUCAACAGCCUGGCGUUGACACCCCGGCUGCGCCAGGAACCACCAGUACGACAAAUGGAUCUCCACAGGAAGAGCCGCCGAAGAAGAAAUCGCUCUGGACUGAACACAAAUCACUGGAUGGAAAAACCUAUUACUACAACACGGAGACCAAACAGUCCACCUGGGAAAAACCGGAGGAUCUAAAGUCUCCUGCAGAACAAAUGUUAUCCAAAUGUCCUUGGAAAGAGUACAAGUCCGACACGGGGAAGCCGUACUACUACAACUCCCAGACAAAGGAGUCACGAUGGACCAAGCCCAAAGAGCUGGAGGAUCUGGAAGCCAUGAUUAAAGCUGAGGAGAAUGGGACGACAGAAGUAGCGGCGCCUAAAGUCGCCACCGAGCCCGUGCCGCAAGUCGAAACCACACAAGUGUCUGCGGCCCCCGUCGUCGAAGCGGAGCCGGUCGAAGUCGUCCCCGAAGAGCAACCGUCUUUGGUGGCCUCACAGCACACUGCUGAGGUCAAGACCGUCGACGCACCCGUGGCUUCGACGGAGACUGCCGCCCCCGCGGAAGCCCCGGCCAGUGAUGAAGCCACAAAGGAAGAACUACGUCCAGAAAUUCAAAAAAAAGUUUUCAAAUGGAACACCAAAGAGGAAGCCAAGCAGGCUUUCAAGGAGCUGCUGAAGGAGAAGGGUGUGUCCUCCAACUCUUCAUGGGAACAGGCUAUGAAAUUGAUUAUCAAUGACCCCCGCUACAGCGCUCUCCCCAAGCUGAGCGAGAAGAAGCAAGCCUUUAACGCCUACAAGGUCCAGACGGAGAAGGAAGAAAAAGAGGAGGCCAGGAUUAAAUACAAAGAGUCCAAAGAAACCUUCCAGAGGUUCUUGGAGAACCAUGAAAAGAUGACGUCCACCACCAGAUACAAGAAAGCAGAGCAGAUGUUCAACGACCUGGAGGUGUGGAGCUGCGUUCCCGAGAGAGACAGACAGGAGAUCUAUGAAGAUGUCUUGUUUUACCUGGCCAAGAAGGAGAAGGAGCAAGCCAAGCAGCUGAGAAAGAGGAAUUGGGAAGCCCUGAAGAACAUUCUGGACAACAUGGCCAACGUCACCUACCGCACCACCUGGUCAGAGGCUCAGCAGUACCUGCUUGACAAUCCCACCUUUGCUGAGGAUGAAGAGCUGCAAAACAUGGACAAAGAGGACGCGCUGAUCUGCUUUGAGGAGCACAUCCGUGCCCUGGAGAAGGAGGAAGAGGAGGACAAGCAGAAGAGUCUUCUGAGGGAGAGGAGGCGACAGCGCAAGAACAGGGAGUCCUUUCAGAAAUUUCUGGAUGAACUCCACGACCACGGCCAGCUUCAUUCCAUGUCGGCCUGGAUGGAGAUGUACCCCACCCUGAGCUCGGACAUCCGCUUUGCCAACAUGCUGGGUCAGCCAGGCUCCACUCCUCUGGACCUUUUCAAAUUCUAUGUGGAAGACCUGAAGGCACGAUACCACGAUGAGAAGAGGAUUAUCAAAGACAUCCUGAAGGACAAGAGCUAUCUGGUUGAAGUUAACACCAGCUUUGAUGACUUUGGAUCCGUCAUCAGCUCAGACAAGAGAGCCACCACACUCGAUGCCGGAAACAUCAAGUUGGCUUUCAACAGUUUGCUGGAGAAGGCAGAAGCCAGGGAGCGCGAGCGUGAGAAGGAGGAGGCGAGGAAGAUGAAGAGGAAAGAGGCGGCCUUUAAGACCAUGCUGAAGCAGGCCACGCCCGCCCUGGAGCCAGAGGACGCGUGGGAAGCCGUGAGGGAGAGAUUCCUGAAGGAGGCGGCCUUUGAAGACAUCACGCUGGAGUCGGAGAGGAAGAGGAUCUUCAAGGACUUCAUGCAUGUUUUGGAGCACGAGUGCCAGCAUCAUCACUCCAAGACCAAGAAGCACUCCAAGAAGUCCAAGAAGCACCACAGGAAGCGAUCCCGCUCUCGAUCGGGCUCCGAGUCUGAAGAGGAGGAAUACCACAAGAAGAAGAAGCGCUCGGCGUCCAAAACCCCGUCGGAGCGCUCCUCCAGUGGCGAGUCCGAGAGAAGCUACAAGAAAUCUAAGAAGCACAAGAAGAAGGCCAAAAAGAGACGACAUAAGUCUGGCUCACCUGAUUCGGACGUAGCCGACAAGAAAGGACGAGACGGCAAGAGGGACAAAGACAACGAUAAAGACAAAGACGGGGACAAGGCCCGAGGGAAGUCGCACUCGGACGCCAAGCACAAGUCACCAAAAGGCAAAGCCGCCAAGGAGGAGGGUGGCUGGGAUACAUCAGGAAGUGAACUGAGCGAAGGCGAACUGGAGAAAAGAAGACGAACUUUACUAGAGCAGCUGGAUGCGCCGUAAUGACAUGUUGCAUUCCUUUCAAAGGGCAUAGCGCUCCCUUCAGGUUUCCGCCGGAAUCUCGGACACCGAAGUUUAUUUCCCAAGAUGUUUGUUAAUUCUGUUCAGUCAUGCUUGUUCUUUUUUUUUGGGGGGGGGGGACUUUGUUUAGUAAUUGUUUAGUAACUUUUUUCAUCAGCUAAAUUUAAUUGCCAGUGCCUGCCUCUCAGCAGCUACAAAAAAAGUUGCAAAGGAAAGUCUCGAUUGGAUGGAUGAUUAGACGCUAGCUUUUAAUGUAGGACUUCACGUAAUAAAGAUUUUAACACUUCACAAUCAGCAUUUUUAUGACAACAAAUGUAAUGUCAUGAAAACAUUAUUUCGUUAGUUCACUUCUGAAAGAUGACAUUUAUUAAAUAAAGCAAAAUGUUUCAGUUUCUAU